UCACGUGAGUCAUUUAUCAUUUAUGAGUAAUAAAAUUUUUACAAUAUUAAAUGAGGAAUCAGGAUGGUAGUGAGUAGUCGGGGGCGGGACAGGCGGUGUAAUCUAUUUUGAACGGAAUUCUCAGUGGUGUGGAUGACCAAAAUCAGCGUCCUUCUAAUGUACCAACGUAUCUUCGCUACCCCAAGAUUCAAAGCAGUAACUUGGAUCAUGAUUGGAGUCUCCAUUGCUUGGACAACCACAUUUACAUUUGCGCUCAUGUUCUCAUGUUCACCAAUUGCCUCGCAAUGGGAUGACAGUCUCCCGUACACAUGCGUUGAUGAGGUGGCGCUCUUCACCACCGCCCUAGCAACAGAUGUCGCUACGGAUUUCCUAGUCCUCCUUCUACCAGUUUAUAAAACGUGGCAAUUGAAAAUGAAGUUUACGCGAAAGGUGGUGAUUGUAUGCAUAUUCCUCCUCGGUGGUUUGGUUAGUAUUGUAGGAAUCAUUCGAAUCCACUUCCUAACCCAAAUCUACUACGUGCUCAAUAGCGGCUAUCACCCCGAUACUACUUGGGUAUACGCGCCAGUCUACUAUUGGACCAUCAUCGAAACCAAUGCCGGUAUACUGAGCGCAUGCCUUCCCACCCUCCGACCGAUUCAGGAGAGCGUCACGCGCAAUUUUUCCUUCACUAAACUCCGGAACUCGGCUAGUCAGUUGUUCUCAUCGUCAAGUGGUAAGGCGAGUAAUAUUCGUCUCGGCUCUAUGGAUAGAAGCAUGGAACUUGAUAGCCUAUAGCGUUCGCAUGCCUAAAUAACGGUGGGCCCUCUUCGUCUU